UGCCUUGUGGGUAUUCCAUAUCUCUACCUGGGAUUUAAUCUUUCUUCCUUUUUUUUUUUUUUUUUGUGCUUGUUUACAUUGCUUUUUGUCAUCUAUACGGUCAUUCCCUGCUCAAAUCCCUUAAUUUCUUUUUCAAGUUUGGAUUUUUCGUGUUCUUGUUUCGUUUCUCAUUGUCGAUUCCUCUUUUUUGUUCUGGGUUUUCAUCUCUACAUUGCUACAUUUAGCAAUGGUAACUAUUUAUUCAUUCCAUUGCUUCGAUUUCUGUAAAGUACCCCAUUUCUGCUUUACUUUUUCUUCACAAUAUUUGUUUCCCCAGUUUCGGACAAUUACUGAUUGACCAAUUUGAAUGAAAAAAAAAAAAAAAAAAAAAGAAGGUGGGAUUUGCAAAAAUUUUUAAGAGCUUAUUCUUGAAGCAGUGUUGUGGGUCUCCUUUUUUUUUUUUUUUUUUGGUUUAUUUCUUUUAAGAGUUAUGUGCUCGUUGAAUUGCAAAAAAUGAACUUCAGCCUGUGUCCAUGUGUGACAAGUCCUGAAGAGGGGACCGGGUUGGUUACAGAGACAGAGAGAGAGAGAGUGAGAGAGUGAGAGAUUCUUAUUGGCUAGUUUCUUGUUCUGGCCCAAUCAAACAAGGGUAGCUGUAGAAAAAUCUUUCCUUCUGUUGAAAAUCUCCGAUCUGUCCUCAGCCUUCUUUAAUAGGGAAUCAAUCGACUCUGUUGCGUCACAGCUCAUUUAUCACCACCUUCAACAUUUUUAUGGAAAUCGUACAAAAUGUUGUCUGACCAUAUUGCCCUAGUGUUUGAACAUGUAGAAAAGUUCACAUCAGGCUUUAGAGGGUAUUAUCGUCAUUUUGGUCGGGAGGAUAUCAGGUUGCCUAGUUGGUCCACUAGAGCAUAUGCCAUAACGGACCUCAGCUUACCUUUGGAGCGUUUUUAUACGGCUUUCUGAAUGCCUUCAUUGGUGUGAAUAUUGGCACAGACAUCUCAGAUAUGCCAAGCCCGACUCAGGUAGUGGCCCUUCUUAAAGCUCAGAAUAUUCGACAUGUCAGGCUCUAUGAUGCAGACCGGUCAAUGCUUUUGGCACUUGCAAAUUCAGGCAUAGAGGUGACUGUUUCUGUUCCCAAUGACCAGCUCCUGGGGAUUGGUCAGUCCAAUGCCACUGCUGCCAACUGGGUUGCUCGGAAUGUGAUUGCCCAUGUCCCUGCAACCAACAUUACGGCUAUUGCUGUUGGAUCUGAAGUCCUAACUGCCCUUCCAAAUGCUGCUCCAGUUCUUGUCUCUGCGUUAAAAUUCAUUCAGUCUGCCCUUGUUGCCUCUAAUCUUGAUCGCCAAAUUAAAGUCUCCACUCCACAUGCAUCGUCCAUUAUCCUCGACUCUUUUCCGCCUUCCCAAGCCUUCUUCAAUAGUUCAUGGAAACCAGUCAUGGUUCCCUUGCUUAAGUUUUUGCAGUCUACAGGUUCAUACCUUAUGCUCAAUGUGUACCCAUAUUAUGAUUACAUGCAGUCAAAUGGUGUGAUUCCCUUGGACUAUGCGUUAUUUCGGCCCCUCCCUCCAAACAAGGAAGCUGUAGAUGCUAACACACUCCUGCAUUAUAUCAAUGUUUUUGAUGCUAUUGUUGAUGCAGCUUAUUUUGCGAUGUCCGAUCUCAACUUUACUAAUAUCCCUAUUGUAGUGACUGAGUCAGGCUGGCCAUCCAAGGGUAACUCACGAGAGCCAGAUGCCACAGUUGAAAAUGCCAAUACAUAUAACAGUAACUUGAUUAGGCAUGUGCAAAACAACACAGGAACACCUAAACAUCCUGGGAUUGCUGUUAGUACUUACAUAUACGAACUUUAUAAUGAGGAUUUGAGACCUGGGUCAGUCUCUGAAAAGAACUGGGGGCUUUUCAAUUCAAAUGGAGAGCCAGUUUAUAAAUUACACUUGACAGGUGCUGGAACUGUGUUGGCAAAUGACACUACAAAUCAAACUUUCUGUGUUGCAAAAGAAGGUGCUAACCCAAAGAUGCUCCAGGCAGCACUUGAUUGGGCUUGUGGACCAGGGAAAGUUGAAUGUUCACCAUUGUUGCAGGGGCAACCAUGUUAUGAACCUGAUAAUGUGGUUGCACAUGCAACAUAUGCUUUCAAUGCAUACUAUCAGAAGAUGGCCAAAUCUCCUGGAACAUGUGAUUUUAAAGGGGUGGCAACGGUCACUACAACAGAUCCAAGCCAUGGUUCUUGCAUAUUUCCCGGAAGUGGUGGAAAAAAUGGGACCUUUAUAAAUGGCACAUCACUAGCUCCAUCAUCUAAUUCUACUACUUCAGGCUGCGCUUCACAAUACAUUGACAGUGGCGGUUCUUUAAUGAGCGUUGUGAUCAUAGGUGUCUUAGCUAUGAGUGCUGUUUUCUUGUAGAACUAAAUAUAUUUGUUACUGUGCAACUCUUUGACAUCAGUGGAAAUAUCUGAGAAACAUUCUGUUUCGCCUCCGCUGGAAAAAACCUGCAUCGAAAACCCAAUUUUGUAACCUUCUGAGGGAGGAGUUAAGGGGUGGCGAGGUUGAGAGCAACAUCUAGCCGGCAAGUAGUUGUAUGGUGAGUUGCCCAUCGGAAUUUGUACAAACAGACAGACCAAAGUCAUUAUUUUGGUUUAAGUGUAACUAAUCUUAUUGGGUGGAUUUGAUUUCCAAAAGAACGGUAUUCUUUGAAGCUUAAUGUAAUUUAUCCAUUUUCUUUUGUC